ACGCGUCAGCGCGCUCAGUCAGUCGGACACAGCGCGACUCGGCCGCCCGCGGGACCAGCAAGCAGUUCCACCGCCACCAUGGAGUGCCACAUCUGCCUCGAGGAGUUCAACCAGGUGGAGCGCGUGCCCAAGAUAGCGUCGUGCGGGCACACCGUGUGCCUGCGGUGCCUGGAGCAGAGCGACAGGAGGGAGUGCCCGACGUGCCGCAGGGUCUUCGAAGUCUCGCCGGAUGAACUACCUAGUAACUUCCAACUCCUAGAGGUGAUGGAGCGUUCAGACAGGCCCCCCCGCGGCUGGUGCUCGGACUGCCUCGCCUCCGCCGCGCCUCGCUGCUGGGAGGACCACGACGUUCUGCCCGAGAGGAGGGUCUUGCGGCGCCUGCUGCAGGGCGCGCUGCAGCAGGCGCCUGGGCAGCUGAAAGACCUGCAAGACCAAUGCCAGGGGGAGCAGGUCGUUCAGGCCCUCACCCUGCUGACUGCAGAGUCCUGCAGCUUGACCCUCAAGGCCGGCAGCCACGAGCUGACGGGCAACGUGGGGAACACGGAGGACCCCCUCACCCAGGUCAUGUGGCUGCUGGUGGCCGCAAAGGCCGGCCUCACCAAGAGCCGGGUUGAAGCGCCGGGUCCCCCGCCUGCCGCCGCGAGCCCUCCGCCCGCAGCCCCGGGCCCAGCACCUCCAGAGGCGCGGCCGGUGCGGGAGAUGAAUGUGCUUGCUGUCAGCCAGACCAAACCCAAUGAGCGGCAGCAGGAGAAGGCGGCCCUCCUCGCAGCAGCGCCGGGGGUGAGCCGGCUGGUCGGUGUGUACUGCCACAGGGACCCCGCCUGGAGCCUCCAGCUGCUGCAGCGCGCCGCGCCCACGCUGGAGCGGCUGAGUGUGCUCUACCCCCGCGAGGCCCACCUGCGCGCGGUGCACGCCAUGCCGCGGCUGAGGAGGCUGAGCGUGCGUGGUGAUGCCGCCCUGGACGCCCAGCCCCCCGAGCUGCCCGCGCUGCCGCCGGGACACGCCGGCCUGCAGUGGCUCGGGGUGUGUCUCCUCCCCCGCGCCACGACACUGUCCCUGCUGCGGGCGCACGGCGGCACGCUGGGGGAGCUGGAGCUGGUGGUGGGCACGGCGGGGAGUUAUGGGUGGCCAUACAGCUGCGGCGACCUGCACUCGCUGCUGCAGCAGAGCGGGCUGCGGGCGCUCAGGAGGCUCGUGCUGCGGAGGUGGGCCUACGCCUACAGCCACGAGCCAGCCGCCUGCAGGGAGCAGCGCGCCGAGGUGCGGCGGGUGCUGCCCGGGGCUGAGGUGCUGUGCGACAAGUGUGACCGUCAUGCGGGGACGGAAGAGGCCUAGGGGGGCGCGGCGA